AUGACUGGUACUUCUGAAGAAACAGGAAUAGUCUAUGUGACCAUCAGAAAUGGUGAACUCACUGAUCAGAGUGAGUUGAUCUCUCAAUUAAUGCAACGAAUUACAGAUAUGCAAGAAGAGCUUCAACAAACCAAACAUUUGGCAAAACUGGCCAUUGAAUCGAAUGAACCACCCCUUGAAACUAGAAGAUUUUCUCCUCACUUUCCAUCAUUAAGUUCUUCGUUACCCAACUACUUCCCGAUCCAUACCACAGGACCCAUCACUUCCACUCCUAAUCCUCAUACCAUUGACUUAACUUUGACAUACCCUUCUGUAACAUUCCAAAUUCCACCAGCCUACACAAUCCCUGAACCAUGUCCUAGCUUUCUUGUUCAACCGGAGCUGGAUCACUAUGAAGAGAUGGAAAAGGAGUGGAGGCUCAGAGAAGAAAAACGUGAACAAGAAAUGAAUGUCAUGAAGGAGGCCAUCUCAGAAGCAGUUAAAAGGGUUCAAACUUCAAGGAAAAUCACAGAACUUGAGUAUGAAGACCUUUGCAUGCACCCUGAUUUGGAAAUACCCGAAGGUUACAAAAUUCCAAAAUUUGAAACCUUCAAUGGUAUUGGCAAUCCCAUGGCUCACCUGCGAGCUUAUUGUGACAAACUUUUUAAUGUCGAAGCAGUCCCUGAUAGAUACUAUUUGGAAAAAAUCAAGCAAAAGACAACGGAGGACUAUUGUGAAUAUGCAUGUCGUUGGAGGAAAGAAGUUGCGAAGGUACAACCUGUGAUGACUGAAAUCGAAAUAACCUCUGCUUUUAUUCGAGCUCAAGAGCCCAAGUAUUAUGAAAGGAUGUUGCCCAUGAUGGGACAAAAGUUUUCAGAGCUGAUCAAAAUGUUAGAAGCCAUAGAAGAUGGACUCAAAACUGGGAAGCUUACGAGUCUCACUGCUUUGCAGGCCGCCAACAAAUCUUUACCAUCCAUGGCCGCAGGAUUUGCUAGGAAAAAAAAAGAGAAUGUCUCCGUUGUAUCUUUUAGCCCAAGGUCAAGGCCACAAAGGGACCAGUUUGUAGCUCGAGUACUGAUUUAUAAUGGUUCAGGACUCAAUAUUUGCCCGUUAUCAACCCUUACUCAGCUAAAUCAUGAUGUUGGAAAAAUCCGUCGAAGUCGCAUGAAUGUAAGGGCGUUUGAUGGUUCGCAAAGAGAGACCAUGGGAGAGGUAGACUUGUGUAUCCAAAUGGGGCCUGCAGAAUUUGUCACUGAAUUCCAAGUGAUGGGUAUAUCCACAAGCUAA